GCUUCUGCUAAUGGUCUUUGUGUGAAGGCGGGGAGGAGUUGGCUCGGUUAGUCUCCUGAUUAGCAACAAACAGAAGGUUACGAGUUAGAAAAAUUGGAUUAUUUGGCCACCGGUCUGGCUUUGCGGCACCGAGAGUGGGGCGAAUUAUGUCGGGUGCUUAAACCGGGGAGUCUUGACCGGGUUUCGGGGGGUGAUUUCGCGGUUAUUUGUGACGUUUCGGUCCGUUCGGCGGGGGGAGAGAGAGCACCUCGCUUUAGGUCGUUCAAGUGGCGAUGCCUGGCUGAUAGCUGCGUCAUCAUGUUGCUUCCGACUUGAGUUGGCGAAAAAAAAAAAGGAAAAAGAAAUCACAAGUUAACGCCAGAGGUGAGGCUGCCCGCCGUCAUCCAGCCCCAGAGGCCACUCCCGAGACCCGAAUCACACGAAACACUGACUGUCGGCGGGAUACUGACGGUGAAGCCUGUUUACGUGGUCCUCGUAGUGACUUUUCCAUCACUUGUGUUGUUGGCGCGAUACUCCGCUGUCUGCUUUUAUAUCCCCACUGAAUGGACGAGUCAAGCACUUUUACCGGACAGUAGCUCAGAAAGGUGAAGGCACGGGUUUUGGACGGGAAGUGUAACUGCUGACAUGUUAGGGAUGUUUUGCCACAACUUGUUUUCAGAGUGAUGCUCAGGUUGACCCCACGGAGCUACAACAUGUUUAUAUAAGAUGCUAAACUGUACAGUUGUGGUUUUUAUAGUGCUGACCUGAUUAAGACGUCAGGGUGUCACGGGCCGUGUUUUCUGGGUGGUGCUGUCAGCAGCACAUCCUGGUGGACUUUGUUUCGGGUCGGUGGGUAAAGUUCGGCUCCCCUCCUGGGAGUGUGGGGGGGAUUACCAGCUCAGAGGAAGAGGGGGGAUCAGACUUGUCAAAGCUGCAUCAUCAUAACCGGAGGAUAAAAACCAGUGGGGAGGGGGAAAUGGCCAAAGCCCGCACGCGCACCAACGACCAUUAUUACGUGGGCGCGUCCGGUUUCUGCCUGGAUGGCUCCCCUCCUCGGCGGUCGCCAAACUUUGAGAUGAUGGACGGACUGCUGUACCGCAAGAAGCUGGAGCGGGGCUACAUCAACUACCGGGAGGUUUUGAACGAGGACCGAAGGCACGAGGCCGUCUCCACCUUCCACAGGAGGAGGCCGGGYCAGCGCCACCUGUCCCUGGAGGAGACCUACAAAUGCGUGGCUGAGAACUACUGGUGGGAGGGAAUGUACUUCCAGAUCAGAGACUUUGUCCUCAGCUGUCCAGAAUGUCAGAGUCAGCGCAGCAAAAAGUCAGAGGAGUCUGAYGGGAGAAGGUGCGUCACAAAGACCGUGGCGUCACACGGCACCGACGUGCUGAGCAAGCUGAGGAGUCAGAGGGAGGCGGGUCUUUUCUGUGACAUCACCCUGCAAACUACGGGGAGGUCGUUCUUGGCCCACAGAGCUGUUCUGGCAGCUGUSAGCGAUCACUUUCAGGAACUCUUUACUGAAAUGGACUCGAGCAAGAAAACAGACGUGGAUCUCACUGGUUUUAGCGAGGACAGUCUUCUGUCUCUGCUGGACUUCUCCUAUUCCUCCACUCUCUGUGUUCGUCAGGAGGACCUACCRGAGGUGUGCGCUAUGGCUCGACACCUGGGCAUGUGGCCCGCAGUGGAGGCCUGCUCGGCUCUCCUUAAAGAGCAGGAGCAACAACUCCACCCUGGCAAGCGCUUUACCUCAGCCUGUGCUGGUUCAUGCCGUGAACAUUAUCAACAAAAGGAAGAGGUUUUAGAUUUGGACAACAUGAAUGAAAGCUUUAGUUUAAUACUCGAUGCGUCAGAUGAGUCUAUACACGGAAGCCCUAGGCGUAAUUUGCGCAGAUUGCCAAAACCCCAAGACCAAAAUGGCCUCCCUUUGAGUCCCUCASACAGGAUGAAGCUCAUGGACUUUAAAUCCCCCUCUUCCAAAAAAGGCAGCACACCCCGUCAUGGCAUGGCCACCUCUCAGUCACAGAAUUACUCACCCAUAUCGGCAUCGAGCACCCGUCUUCUACGCUCUUCUCCUGGAGCCGCCAAGGAGGUUCAGAGAUUGCUGCCCGUGCCAGAGACGCCUCGACGAGGCAAAAAAUCCCACGCYGUCACGCAGCUCUCGUGCUCAUCGAGGUUGAGGCCAGGCACAACCUGCAGCCCAGUGAGGAUCAAACAGGAACCAGAGGAGGUCGGAGAGGAUGAAGAGGAUUAUGAAAGGGCACAGGAGAAGUACAAGCUUAUGAAUGUCCUCGGGCUUCAGAGGACCGCUCUGCUCCCCAGACCAGAAGAUCUGAUUGGCUGGAGGCAAAAGAAACGACUAAGGAAGUUGAAGGCCAACAACUACUCACUGACCAAGCGGCGAAAACCUCGUACGUCCUCCCCGGGACUGUCGUAUGAAGAUAUGACACUGUCACUCCCUCUUUGUAACCCCGUCAACACUCGACUCCUCAACAAGUCUGUCAAGACCAAGGCUUUGGCCUCAGCUAGCUCAAAGCAGAUUCCUGCGAAGAGGAGAAAAAAUGUCAAACRGCUCGUUCCUCCGACUGACAGGAGCCUGAGAAGCAAAGGGGUUCUUCCAGACCUGUUCCAGCAUACGUCCAGGCCCGCCUUUGGGAUGAGGGAGCUCAGACGCUCCGUGAGGACGGGUAAWGGUGCCUGCCGUCAUACUCAGCAGCCUCUGAGACGCAGCACCAAAAAAUCCUUUGUGAGAAACAUAAAAAUCAAAGCAGAACCAGCUGAAUAYUCCAUCUCAGAUUCCGGACUGUCAUCAAACAAUCACUAUGAUCACGUGUYCUCAGAGUCCCCUCCUGCACAGAGGACGUCAUUCAGAAACAAGGUCCCUGCAGACUCGGUGAAAACACUGCGUUAUAACAGCAGCCGGCUGGUUACAAAAGCCAAACUCCGACGGGGCUCCAYGAAAGACACAGACAAGACAACGUCUGCGAACCGAGAGGAAGGGAGGAAGAAUCUGAAGGGGGUCCACAGUACUAAAACAAAAGUGAAGGAUACUGAAGCUAAUGGGCUUCAGUUUUCAGAGCAUUCACCCCCAUCGUCCAUUUACAGCCACCAUCUGUACAGAGCCAUUAAAGAGGAACCAGCUGAACCUGUGCCGGUUGGACAGUUCUCCGAUCCUCCCUCACCAGAUCUUGGUAAACGUCAGAGCAAGCCUYCCAUCAAACUGCUGGACUCAGGCUUUCUGUUCAACUUCUGCCGACCAGCCGGGGGGCCAAUGGCAGGGCUGAAGAAAGAGGAGGAGAGCGUGGAUAUCUGCUUGACGCGCUCCGUGUCACAGGGYGGUGAGAAAUUUGAGACGGGACAGUCUCCCCACAGGACACUGAGAGCCAGAGGACCACCCGUCCUCCCUGUUGUGAAGAGGGAGAAGAGAGGGACCCAAGGCUCAACUCCAAGACCCAAACAGAAGCCCAAAACCACCACUUCACUCCUGAACAAAUGUGCUGGGUCAAAGACUACACAGACCAUGCCAAAGAGACAAAGUAAAGUCAUUGCUGUGAGCAGCAGGAGCUGCGUCAUCCUGGAUGCUGUACGGCGAGCACGCCUAAAGCAGCUUCGAGGGCCUCGCAGUCAAGCACCAAAAGUUCCAAAGGCGGCCCAUGCCUGUCUGCAGUGCWCAGCCACCUACAAGGACUGUGAUGCUCUAAUUAUGCAUCAAAUAAGGCAUGUGGAUGGAAAGCACUGGCCCUGUCCGCUCUGCAGCAAGACGUUCUUCAGGCUGAGGAAUGUCCGGAAUCACAUCCGCACCCACGACCCCAAGUUGUACAAAUGCCGGAGCUGCAUCGCUGCAGGUUCCUGAGGCAGCCGGAGAGCCGGAUCGUUUGACCAAGGCUGAAGGCCGUCUGUGUCUGUCCACCAGCAAACGGGCUGAAGCCAGAGGCACGUGGCCAAUCAGGAGCUUGUAAAUAAUCCUCAUCGUCACACCUCGAAGCACAAGGAUCUGUGAAAAGAAACAAGUUGUUCAGAAUAUAAUUACUGCUGUUAUCAAUGAUUGCUAAUAUUAUUAUUUAAAUAACCAAAUCAAGGUUGCCGUUCCUGUUUUCUUCUUGGUAGCUGCAGAAGGCUAAACUUGAACGUUACUCUCAGGGGCGGGGGGAAUGUGAUGCAACGGGAUAAAGUGACUCAACAUCACAGUUGUAUUAUAUAAUAAAAAGAAGAAAAAAAAACCCUGAAAUGUAAAAUAAUUGUUAUAAUUGUUACCGUUACUAUUAUUUUUCUAUGUAUAGAUGAACGUUGAGUGCACUUAUCUAGAAAACGUUGUAAACCUAAGAAAUAAAAGAAGUUGAAGGUUUAGAGUCGGAGGUGGGAAUACUUGAAGUCUUGGAAGUGCUGGAGGAGGAAGAGGAGGGGGAAGCGGGGUAUACUUGAUGUUGGAAAGGUGGGGGUUCAUAAAAGUCAGCCUGCCCUUUGUGGGUCUUUGUCUUUUCAUGUGGUAACUUAUGACUUGACGAGUUCUUUCAUAUUGACUCCUUGCCCAGUCACGAGUUCUGGGUUUGACUUGUGGGGAGGAGGGGGCAUGAUGACACCACUGCAUGUGUAUUUGCAGGCCGUUUGUAGUCCACCUUUUUUUUUUGUAAGGUUGUUGGGGGGAAUUUUUUGUUUUUAAAAAGGGAAACCUGUCCUGUUUUUAAUGACUUUUCCUAAURUUAUUCAAGACAACUUUGUCACAACAGAUGUUUUAUUAUUUUCCUCUUCAGUGCAGGAUGAGAUAAUCUUUGCUUAAAAUCUCCUACUGAGUAAAUGCAAUGUGCACAUACAGAGAUGUUUAUGUAUUACAAAUGGAUUUUAGAAAGAAAUAAGUUGUAUCUUGCCAUCUGCUAAAAGACGAUUGAAUAAAUUUUUUGCCUUUUA